GCACUUUGGAAAGCCUCUCCUCUGCGUUGUGUAUGUUCAACAGGUAGAAUCAUGUUCCCUACUGCACUACCUCCCUUCUCCGAGUCAGGCUGUGUGAGAAACAGACCCUGGUAAUCAUUGCAGAUUUCAUCCACUUCAGACAUGUUUCGUGUGUGGAUCAAACUCUGUCUCCUCUUGCCAGGGGUAAGUAGCUUCAUGAUCCACAACACCCUCCACAGCCUGUGCUUGGAGGACUUCCCCAAGACGGGCCUGGUUCAGCUGAAUAAAUGCAACCUGGACUCAGUUCUCCAGCAGUGGAUCUGGAGGGACCAGAGUCUCCUGGAGCGUGUGGGGACCUCCAGGUGCCUGUCGGCCCACCACUCUGACCCUGUCCAGACUGUACCCUGUGAGGGGGUAGAGGAUGGGGGGCUGCGGUGGGGGUGUGAGUUGAACAGGCUGAUCAGUCUGAACAGUUCUCUGGAGCUCUCCACAGAUGGGAAUCGACUGACGCUGUCCCACAGGAGCAAGCAGACCAAGUGGAGGUCUCUGGAUGAAGGGGAUAUAUGCCAGGAGAGGCUCAGAUCCAAAAGGGCAUCGAGCGAUCCCGAUGAGUUUGAGGUGAAACCUGCGGAAGAGCAGAAAGCGGGGCCUCCUGGUAUGACCGAUGAACAGAAAGAAUUCCUCAGAUGGUUCUAUCGCACUGAGGACCCAACUCCCUGGAAGUUUGCGAUGCUGGCUCUGUCCUUCGCUGCACUUCUGCUGGGCUGUCUGCUUCUGGGAAUGGGCUCCAUGGCGAACAAAAACAGGAAUAAGAUAGCCAAGUACAAGGCGGCGGCUCUGGCCAUGAAGCCGGAGGCAGAAGAACUACAGGUCAUCGUCACGGAGGUUGGAGGUCAAAGAACUAACUCAGAGGUCAAACCCAUCAACAGCGCCUCUGUCCAGGUCAGUAUGAGCCAAUCUGAGAUCCCAGUGAGCCAGGCCAAGCCCCUCCAGGACAACGGGGAAGUAGAGGGGCUCAAACCGGGGGACAUUGUGGUGACCUGGACUGACGGGAACGUGUCCAGCCUGUACCCUGAGCCUGAGGGGGAAGUGGAGGUGUUGGCGGAGGUAGAGAAAGAGGAGGUGUUGAAGAAAGAGGAGGUGGUUGAGGUCGAGAAAGAAGAGGUGGUGGAGGAGGUAGAGAAAGAAGAGGUGGUGGAGGAGGUAGAGAAAGAGGGGGCAGAAGAGGGAGUGGUGGUAGAGGGAUGAAGGAGAGAGAUAUAACAGCCACGUUCCUCAUUAUUGCUCCUCUGCAGAGGCAGAACAGAAAAUCAUUUUAAGUUGUUUUAUUUUGACCUGUAACUUAAACAACCACUGUCUGUUUAAUUACUGUAAUGCCCUUUUUCCACUACUGUGCUGAGCCAGACCGUACUGUGCUGGCUCAGAUGUUUUAUUGGUGGAUGCGUAACCAUGCCAGCGCAGUACAGCUUGACCUGGCUCAGUAGUGUGAAAAGGGUAUACAGCUACUACAAAUAAUGCUGUGUACAAGAUGUGCAGUAUCACAGUCAUCAUUCACAAGUACUUUAUUGUUUACAGUGUCAGCAAUGCUUGGAAUAUACAUCUACUGUAAACAUUGCUGGUCGUCGAAACAUCGCAACCAACUAUUUGGGAUACCAAAUAGUUAGUAAAUGUUGUUUUUUGGUCAUGAAGGAGUGCAAUGUGUUGUUUAUAGUGUAGUGAAAGGUUUUCCUAUGUCUCUUGACAGUAUGUAGGAACACUUAUAAACCAUGUGUCAUAAGCUAUUCAAGUGUGGUCUACUUGGGAAACACUAAAAGGCAACUAAACAUGGUCUGAGAUAACAUUAAGAUUGGAAGAUCAAACGUCUCUUUAUACAUCUCUUUUGUAAUUCUAUUUGUAAAGUAUUUUUAGUUAUAAUGCUGGCCACCAGGAAGAUUAGCCGACCUCAUGGCAUCAGCUAAUGGGGAUCCUAAUAUAAUCCAAACUGGAAUUAUCUUGCUGUGAGUAUAAUGGAAAGCUCUUGUGAGAGAGUAUUCACAUAUAGAUGUUUUGGACAGAAAACAGAAUUCAGUGGGUUAACCUUUGUCAUCAUACCACCUCUCCAUAUGUAAGACAGAUUUUCAUUGUGUUAUAAAAGCAUUCCACCAAUUGCAGUAUUUACAAUAAGGAAAUAAAACUGUUCAUAUAAAAGUUGUUUAGUAAUUUUGGUUGGGAUGGCAUUAGCAUACAAUAGUAUAAAACUCUGUUUUAAGUUGUAAAAAAUGCAACCAUUGUUACACUGAUGAGCCUGAGGAGGGCGCCCACAACUCGUGAAAACAAUGUAUAUAUGAAGUUAAAGCCCCAAUGCAGUUGUUUUGAUAUCAAUAUCAAAUCAUUACUGGGUAGCAAUUAAGUACCUUGCUGUAAUAGAUUUCCAUUAAAAUUGGCAAAAAAUGCUUUUUAGCAAAAACAGAUUUCUCAAGCAAGAAUUUCACUCAGACUGUGGGAGUGGUCUGAGAUGGGAGGGGAAAACUGAAAACGAGCUGUUAUUGGCAGAGAUGUUUGGAACUGUCUUUGUUAUUUGUCUAUGAACCAAUUUAUAGCAUGGUGAUGUCACCAUGGAAAGCCAAAACUCCCGGCCAUGCAAACCUGCUGAUUAGAAACCAGCACCUAUCAGGAAAUUACACUGAUCACAUUUUUUCACACUUUUACAGUGUUAGUUUCAUCAACUGUUGUAUAAUAUAAAACACAGAAAAACUGAAUUUUGACUGCACUGGGCCUUUUACUCAAAGAUUGACUUGCUACUUUGUGUUAUAACAUCAAAUAACUUAAAACAUGUGUCUACAUUAACAAAAUAUGUCUUCAUUCAAUAAAAUUAGUAGUCCUUUAAAGCUUAUUAAAAUGCAUAUAAAUAUA